AUGACACAAAAACGCACCCGCAAGCCGAAAGGCUCCACGCAGCCGUCGAAGAAGCGACGGAAGGUCGUACAGGAGCCAACGAAAGACCAGAGCUUAACAGAGGAGGUAGUGAACAUCGAUGCUUUGAAUUGGCAAACGGUGGAACCUCCUGACAUCCUCGAGGAUGCGGAGGGAUUCUAUGGGCUGGAAGAAAUUGAGGGCGUGGACAUCGUGAGGCCUGCUGAGGGAGCUCAGUUGAAAUUCAUGGCAUCAAAGAAGAGUAUCAAGAAGCUCUCGGACGACUCGAGCGAUACGGUAGCAGAGUUCUCCGGCGACGAUGGCGAGGUGUGGGAAGGACUCGGCGAUCUUGAGCCAGAGGAAAAGGAUGCGCCAGGACCUACAGGGACGAAAUCAUCCCAGGAGACAAAAGAGAUAGACGAGGCCAAAAAGAAAAAUACCGAGGAUAAGAGUCAAUCGAAACAACAAAAGGAUAAGAAGGACAAGAAGGACAAGAAGGACAAGAAAGAUAAGAAAAAGGAAGCCAAGCAGCAAGCUAGCGAUGACAAGGGCGUUCAAUCCAGCAUCCCGUUCAGUAUAUUGGGUGACGAAGAAGAUGAAGGGGUGGAUGUUUCUGCUUGGGAUGACUUGGAUCUACACCCGGAAUUGCAGACCAGCCUCUCAAGGCUAAAGUUCUCAAAACCAACACCUAUCCAGACUGCUACAAUACCCGAAAUCUUAGCAGGACGGGAUGUCAUUGGCAAAGCUGCGACUGGUUCUGGAAAAACGCUUGCCUUUGGUCUUCCUAUUCUACAGUACUAUCUAGACCUGUACAAGUACGGGAAGAAUGGUAUCAGGAAAAAAUCGGAAGACUCCGUGGGAAAGAAGCCUCUUGCCUUGAUCCUCUCUCCAACACGAGAGCUCGCGCAUCAGCUUGUGAAUCACUUAAAAGAAGUCACAAGCUCCGCUCCGCAUGUUGAUGCAUAUAUUGCCUCAGUGACUGGUGGACUCUCGGUAUAUAAGCAGCAACGACAGCUUCUCAAGGCUGAUAUCAUAGUCGGUACUCCAGGCCGACUAUGGGACGUGGUUAGCUCGACACCAAAAAUCUUGACGAAGCUGAAGGGCAUAAAGUUCCUAGUGGUUGACGAAGCUGAUCGACUCUUAAGUGAAGGGCACUUUAAGGAGGCGGGUGACUUAAUCUCGGCCCUCGACAAGGCCAAAACAUCAGACGAGGACGCCGAUGAGGAAGCACAGGAUGAAGAGGAAACUGUCGAAAGGCAAACUCUCGUGUUCUCUGCAACUUUCCAGAAGGGCUUGCAACAAAAGCUGGCGAAAAGAGACAAUUCUUCUCAUGAUAACCUGCUUGACAAAAAGGCUUCGAUGGAAUACCUCCUUAAGAAAUUGAACUUCCGGGACGAAAAGCCCCGGUUUGUCGAUGUUAAUCCUAUAUCUCAAAUGGCAGAUAAUCUUAAGGAGGGCAUCGUCGAAUGUUCUGCUAUGGAGAAGGAUCUCUAUCUCUAUUCAGUAUUGCUCUUUUACCCGAAACAUCGCACUUUAGUCUUUACAAACUCCAUCUCCUCCGUUAGGAGACUAACCCAUUUCUUACAAAAUCUUGGGCUACCAGCUCUGUCCCUUCAUUCCUCCAUGGCUCAGAAGGCCCGACUCAGAUCAGUUGAGCGCUUCUCCUCCCCAACAGCAGACCCCUCGCCCAUCCUCAUUGCUACUGAUGUCGCUGCCAGAGGUUUGGAUAUGCAAGGAAUUGACCUGGUGGUUCACUACCACGUACCCAGAACCGCAGAUGCAUAUAUUCAUCGGUCUGGCCGUACAGCUCGUGCAUCUGCUUCCGGGAAAUCCAUUUUAAUUUGUUCCGCCGAAGAGACAGCCGGCGUCACUCGACUAGUCGCCAAAGUGCAUCAUUCGAAUAAAAGAAAAUCGUCAGGGAAGGACGCCCAACUUCAGUCCAUUCAUCUCGACCGAGAUAUUGUCACUCGGCUUCGUCCGCGUGCAGGCCUCUCAAAGAAGAUCACAGAGUGUGUCCUCGCCAAAGUGAAGGUAUCUUCAGAGAGCGACUGGCUACGUUCCGCCGCUGAAGACUUGGGCGUCGACUAUGAUAGUGAAGAUUUCGCAGAACAGGAAUCGAAAACUCGAGGGCGCGGAAGAGGCGGUGGGCGUCAGGCCAAAGAGAGAGAAGCUAGUAGCAUAUCCAAAGCGGAACUAGGGAAACUUAGGGCAGAGCUACAUGAUCUCCUGUCCAAGAGGGUCAACUUGGGCAGUGAGGGCAACCCUGCAUUCCUUGGGCACAUGGAGAAACUAGAUUUUUAG